AUGAAUCCCAGGAAAGCGGCAGCCCCGGCUCUGAGGCACAGAGAGCACGGACCCACCACAGCCCCAUCCCGGUCCCUGCUGCCGGCAUCGCGCUGCCCCGCGGCCCACUCGGGACCCCGAUCCAGCGAGCCCCCCGUGCCGCGGGCAGCUCCGCUCCCCUCCCCGAUCCCAGUGCCUCACUCGCCCACCGCCGGGGCCGCUCCGCGAUCCCGGGGCCGCUCGCCGAUCCCGGGGCCUCGCUCGCCACCCGCCGCAGCCGCUCCCGCCGCCCAGCACGAUCGAAUUUUGGCGCCGAACGCCCCGGCCGUUAGAGGCGGCGCCUGA